UUGAGUUCUAUUCACGAAUCCUUAAUAUCACAUAAUCAGAACUAUUAAAAGAAGAGAGCAACAACAAUGGCUGUUGGUUCGAUGAAUGUCGAAGAAGGCACUAAAGCUUUUCCUGCAAAACUGACUUUUCAAGUCUUUCUUUGCUGUGUCAUUGCUGCUGUUGGUGGUCUCAUGUUUGGUUACGACAUCGGAAUCUCAGGAGGUGUGACGAGUAUGGACACUUUCUUGUUAGAUUUUUUCCCACACGUGUACGAGAAGAAACACAGGGUACACGAAAACAACUACUGCAAAUUCGAUGACCAGCUCUUGCAGUUGUUCACUUCGUCACUCUACUUGGCUGGAAUCUUUGCUAGCUUUAUUGCUUCCUAUGUUUCCAGGGCUUUUGGAAGAAAACCCACCAUCAUCUCCGCCUCUGUCUUCUUCCUCGUUGGUGCUAUUCUCAACUUAUCUGCCCAAAACCUGGGCAUGUUGAUCGGUGGUCGUAUUCUUCUCGGCUUUGGUAUCGGUUUCGGUAACCAGACCGUGCCAUUGUUCAUCUCAGAGAUUGCUCCGGCGAGAUUCAGAGGAGGACUAAACGUCAUGUUCCAGUUUCUCAUCACCAUUGGAAUCUUAGCAGCAAGUUAUGUGAACUACUUAACUUCCACGUUGAAAAACGGCUGGAGAUAUUCUCUCGGUGGUGCAGCUGUCCCCGCUUUAAUCCUCUUGAUAGGAUCCUUCUUUAUCCACGAGACUCCAGCUAGUCUCAUCGAACGCGGUAAAGACGAAAAAGGGAAGCAAGUCCUGAGGAAGAUCAGAGGCGUUGAAGAUAUUGAGCUCGAGUUUAAUGAGAUAAAAUACGCAACAGAGGUUUCGACAAAAGUGAAAAGCCCAUUCAAAGAACUCUUCACCAAUCGUGAGAACAGACCACCAUUGGUGUGUGGAACGUUACUUCAGUUUUUUCAACAGUUCACCGGUAUCAACGUUGUUAUGUUCUACGCUCCAGUUUUGUUCCAGACGAUGGGUAGUGGUAACAACGCUUCUCUGAUCUCUACUGUUGUCACCAAUGGUGUGAACGCAAUCGCUACAAUUAUCUCUCUUGUAAUGGUUGAUUUGGCCGGUAGAAAAUGUCUUUUGGUCGAAGGAGCUAUCCAGAUGACCGUUACACAGAUGACAAUUGGAGGCAUUCUCUUAGCUCACUUGAAACUGGUUGGUCCUAUUACUGGCCAUGCCGUGCCGCUGAUUGUAUUGGUCCUCAUCUGCAUAUACGUGUCUGGAUUUGCAUGGUCUUGGGGUCCAUUGGGAUGGCUUGUUCCGUCUGAGAUCUAUCCUCUUGAAGUGAGAAAUGCAGGUUACUUCUGUGCAGUAGGGAUGAACAUGGUCUGCACUUUCAUCAUUGGACAGUUCUUCUUGUCGGCUCUAUGCAGAUUCAGAUCAUUCUUGUUCUUCUUCUUCGGAGUAAUGAACAUUAUCAUGGGACUAUUUGUCGUGUUUUAUCUUCCCGAAACCAAAGGUGUUCCUGUUGAGGAAAUGGCCGAGAAGCGUUGGAAGACACACUCGCGUUGGAAGAAAUAUUUCAAAGACUAGAUUUUCUUUUUUCUUUUUGUUCCCCAAGGUAGUUAAUAACUAGAAGGUUUUAAU